AUUUGUUUUUGCCAAACAAACAACCGUCUGUCUUCUUGCACUCUCUCUAAUCGAAAGAAUCAGACACAUUCAAAUCACAGCUCGAUCAUCGAUCUUCCUCUCAAAACCCUAAUUAUCUUCUGAGAAAUCAAAUUAAACUGAGAAUCGGGUACACAAAACCCUAAUUUUAAUACAAUUCAGCUCGAUUUCGGGGCACCUGAGCAGGUGCGAAGCGUUUGAUGACAAUCAGAGAUGCCUCCGAAGCAGCAAUCAAAAGUCGAUUUAGCGAAGAAGCAGAAGAUCGUCGAAGACAAGACAUUCGGUCUCAAGAACAAGAACAAGAGCAAAAAUGUCCAGAAAUAUGUCCAGAGCCUCCAGAAAAACGUACAACCCAAAACUGAUUCCUCCAAAAUCGCCGCCAAGAAAAAGAAGGAAGAAGAGAAGGCAAAAGAGAAGGAGCUGAAUGAUUUGUUCAAAGUUGCUGUUAGUCAGCCCAAAGUGCCAGUUGGUGUUGAUCCAAAGUCCAUAUUGUGUGAGUUCUAUAAAGCGGGCCAAUGUGCUAAGGGUUUCAAGUGCAAGUUCUCGCAUGACUUGAAUGUGCAGAGGAAAGGCGAGAAGAUUGAUAUCUAUAGUGAUAAGCGCGAUCAAGAGAGAGAAUCAAUGGAAGAUUGGGAUCAAGAGACUUUGGAGCAAGUCGUGGAGUCCAAGAAAGCGGAGUAUAAGCAGAAUAAACCAACUGAGAUUGUAUGUAAAUACUUCUUGGAAGCAGUGGAGAAGAAACAAUACGGUUGGUUUUGGGUCUGUCCAAAUGGUGGUAAGGAUUGCCACUACAGGCAUGCUCUUCCUCCUGGAUAUAUUUUAAAAUCUCAAAUGAAAGCUCUGAUUGAAGAAGAGAGUGAAAAGAUACCCAUUGAGGAAGAGAUUGAAAAUCAGCGUGCAAAAAUAACUACUUCAACUCCUAUGACUCCUGAGUUGUUCAUUCAAUGGAAGAAGAAAAAGAUGGAAGCAAGAGAUGCUUCCAUGGCUGCAGAGAAGGCAGAUAGGGCCAAGAAUGACCGUAUGAGUGGCCGUGAGCUGUUCCUGUCAAAUUCUAGCCUGUUCGUGGAUGAUGCUGAGGCUUAUGAAAAGUACCAAAGAGAGGAACAAUCGGAUGCUACUGAACAGAAGGUUGCUAAGAAUUCUGCUUCAGAUGGACCAAGUUCCUCAACAUCGGCUGCUGGUGAUACCGAAGUUCUUCCUGAAGAUGAUGACGAUGACGAGUUGGACAUGGAUGAGUUAAAUGAGCUGGAAGAAAGCUUGUCAAAAACGUCAAUUCAGAUCAGUGAGCCAGGCGUGAAUGCUUAAUCACGAGAGAUGCAGUGUACAAUUUUGAGUACUGAAUCGAUGCGCUCGUUCAUGGCAAUGGUAAUCAAUUAUAGCCACUUCAACUGAAGUUAGUUUCAAAGAGGGAAAUUGAAGGUACUUAUAAUUAUGCUUCUCCAAUUGAAAUGAAUUCUCCCAUAUAUAUCUGUCAUACUUCCUUUUGGUCCAUACAAUACCGUUCAUGUUGCUCGGAACUUAUUGUACUUCUGCUGGUUGAUACUAGUUUAUUGACUCUGGUUUCCUUACUCAUCAAUAAUAAAAGUAUAAUUAACAUUA